UUGAGUCCGAUAUGGUCCGUACGUACGAGUGAAACUUCUGCUUAUUAUCUUUCUGUGCAUCAGACCCUGACAUUUUAUCAAAAUAAUUCCGUACAAUUUUUUUUUAAUUUCGAAGUCAUGAAGGCGAAUAAUCGUUUUUAUAGCUCAGUAAAGGCAUUAAAUUCAUCAACUACAGACGAGGAUUUAAUAAAAUUAUAUGCUGUAUGGGGAUCUACUUAUGAUAAGGUUAAUGCUGAUAAUUCCUACACCGGACCAGCAGUUGCCGCCAGUAUGUUACACGAGAAGUUGAAAGAGUUUGGUUUUGAUUGUGACGUCAAUAUUGCUGAUCUUGGUUGUGGGACAGGCUUAGUGGGUGAGCAAUUGCACAAAAUGGGAUAUAAAAAUAUUGAUGGCGUUGAUUUGAGCGAAGAAAUGCUUGAACGUGCUAAAGAUAAAGGUGUGUACAGAUUACUCCGGAAAGGAAGCAUGGGAUCAGAUAAUUCUGUCAAUUUGGCAUUACAACCUGGGCAAUACGAUGCUGUAAUAUGCGUUGGUGUUUUUGCUUCUGGUCACGUGAAAGAAAAGGGAAUGGACGACUUUCUUUUCGUUACAAAAGCAGGUGGGCUAAUAGUGUUUACUAUUAACGAGUCUGUUAUGGAUGAUUCCGCCUAUAAAUAUUACGAAAAGAUGGAGGUUUUAUCGAACCAAGCGAAAUGGAACCUUGUUCUUAAAUGUUACGAGCCGAAAUACAUCUGCGACCGAGGAGCAUACGUUUUCGUUUAUCAAAAAUUGUGAUGUGACUUUAAAAGGAAUAGAAACGAAAUAGAAACCUGUUUUGAUUAAAUAAUAGAAUAGCAGAAAAUAUGUCGUCAAGUUUGUUUAUUUCUGAAACUGUAUCUAACAUAUUCAAGUUAAUAUAACAGUCAGUUUAUUGGGCUCAUCGCAAAUGUAUGUUUUCAAAAGUUAACGUCCUUCGCCUGUGGUUAUUAGCUAAGGUACUUAUUCAAAUAAUAAAAUUACAAUGAAAUACAA